AUGGACCUGUUUCUCGUUCCCGACAACCCUUUACGAACAGUGCUUGUUUCGGCUAAUGGUGUGGCACAUUACCAAAUCACCACAACGAAAGUACACGGACACCGCAAGAUAUCGCGAAUACAGCGGCCUGCCGAGUCAGAGGCGGACAGCGUUGUCGCAGAAAUUGAGUGGAGGAACUGGGAUAACCCUACCAUCGUGCGGAGUAGCAACCUUCGGGGAUUGGGAGGUAGUGGCGUUCUGGCGACGGAUUUCCUGCAUAGACGGGGACCCUUUAGCUCAUCUCGAUAUUUCCUAGGCGAUGACCAUGCAGAGUACCGAUGGAAGACGGUAAAAGGCGUCGGAUGCGUUCUGACGCGAGUUGGCACUAAUGAGGAGGUCGCAAGAUAUACCUGCAUGUCGACCUCCGAAGGCCUGUACGCUGGUGAACGCAAGUCACGGUUGCGAAUCCAGCCAGGGUGUACGUUGGAUUUCGACUUGUUGGUAAUAACCUUUGUUAUAAUGGAGAAGAAGAGACGAGACCAUGCGGGUGACGGCACGGUGCUGGCAGCGCACGACGAGGACCCUCAGGGUGACGGAGGUGGAGAUGGGGGAAGUGGGGGGUGUUGA